AUGUUGACGCCUUCUGAUAUGGACGAUCCCGAAUUAGAAGGACAUCCAGUUAAGUUUAAUAAAACCGGAGCCCUAAUACCAGUGACUGAUGUACAAUAUUUAGAUAGUUCACUAUUUGAUGAAGAAUCUAGUUAUGAAUACAUUAAUCCGUGGAAGAAAAGAGCUAUAAUUUACAUGGCACUUAUUAAUUGUGGUGUCUUAUUAGCAAUAGGUAUGCUGUCGCUUUGGCACUCGCAAUUAAUUAGUAAAGGUGAAACUUGCAUUGAAGCUAACAUCAAUAAAGCAGAAACAGCUCGCUUAAAAGAACUUGGGAGAAAAUAUGCUAAUCCCUAUAAUUUUGGUAGAAAAAAAAACUGGAAAAUUUUUUUAGGAUUAGUGCAAGGAAGAACAUUCUGGAAACAUGUUUUAUUGCCUUCUGCGCAUGAACCAAUAGGAGAUGGAUUAAAAUGGCAUACAAUACAUGACGAUGGCAUCGAUGAAUGGCCGUAAUGUAUGAAUUUGUAUAUUUCAUUUGUUUUCCAAUUAUUUGCUAUUACCUAUAUCAUCAUAAUUUCACUACU